UGAGGGGCGGCUGGAGACACGCUGCUGGGAGGGUAGAGCGGGCCGGGUCGCACGCGCCACCUGCGGGGCUGGCUGGCUUUCUCUUCCUGCCCACACAUCCCGGUCCCUCUCCGAAGCCCCUGGAGUUCGGGAGCGCGCGGGGUAGCGCGCACACCGACUCGCAUCCACACACCCGCCAGAGCGCGCGAUCAUCACUGCUGCAGCCCGGGCAGGGCAGACGGAGCUGCUGCAGUUUCCCCAGGGUCGAGAGGAAAGCAGAGCUGUCUUGCCUGGCAGAGAGCCUGGUGCCCGCUGGAGCCCCUGGGGUAUCAAGCCCAGCAGACUGCUCCCCUCCAUCGGUGCUGCCCAAGGCCCAAGGACUACUGAGCUGCCUCUGGCUUCUGAGAUGUCUCCAUCCCAACCUGUUGUGGGCAGUUCCUGUCAUGCUGGAAUGCUUGCGGAUUCUUCUGAAGCCUUCUAAGCCUGACUCUGAGGACCCAGCUUGAGGAUGCCGUCUGAACACUGCCUCAGUAUUCAAGAAAUGCUGACGGGCCAGAGGCUGUGCCACUCGGAAUCUCACAAUGACACUGUCCUGGCGGCACUGAAUCAGCAAAGAAGUGAUGGCAUUCUCUGCGACGUGACCCUGAUCGCUGAGGAACAGAAAUUCCACGCUCACAAGGCAGUCCUAGCAGCCUGCAGUGACUAUUUCCGGGCAAUGUUCAGUCUUUGUAUGGUGGAAAGUGGAGCCGAUGAAGUAAAUUUACGUGGUGUGACCAGCCUGGGCUUAAAGCAGGCUCUGGAGUUCGCAUAUACAGGACAGAUUUUGUUGGAGCCAGGAGUGAUCCAGGAUGUGUUAGCAGCUGGCAGUCACCUACAGCUGUUGGAACUUCUCAAUCUGUGCUCCCACUAUCUCAUCCAGGAACUAAAUAGCUUUAAUUACUUGGAUCUGUACAGACUUGCUGACCUCUUUCACCUCACUUUGUUGGAGAAGGCAGUGAUUGACUUCCUAGUGAAGCAUCUCUCGGAGCUCCUGAAGAGCCGUCCAGAAGAUGUCCUCACGCUGCCCUACUGCCUGCUUCAGGAGGUGCUGAAGAGUGACCGCCUGACCUCCCUGAGUGAGGAGCAGAUCUGGCAGCUAGCUGUGAGGUGGCUGGAACACAAUUGCCAUUACCAGCAUCUGGACGAGCUCCUGCAAUACAUCCGCUUUGGCCUAAUGGAUGUGGAUACACUCCACACGGUUGCCCUAUCCCAUCCCCUGGUGCAGGCAAGUGAGACGGCAACUGCCCUUGUCAACGAGGCCCUGGAAUACCACCAAAGCAUCUAUGCACAGCCUGUGUGGCAGACCCGCCGGACAAAACCACGAUUCCAGUCGGAUACUCUCUAUAUUAUUGGUGGGAAGAAGCGUGAGGUCUGCAAAGUCAAGGAACUUCGGUACUUCAAUCCCGUGGACCAGGAGAAUGCCCUCAUAGCCGCCAUUGCCAACUGGAGCGAGCUGGCUCCCAUGCCGGUGGGAAGGAGCCAUCACUGUGUGGCAGUCAUGGGGGACUUCCUGUUUGUAGCAGGAGGAGAAGUGGAACAUGCCAGUGGCCGGACAUGUGCCGUGAGGACAGCCUGUCGCUAUGACCCCCGCAGUAAUUCCUGGGCAGAGAUAGCUCCCAUGAAAAACUGCCGGGAACAUUUUGUGCUGGGUGCCAUGGAUGAAUACCUCUAUGCAGUAGGGGGCAGAAAUGAACUGCGCCAAGUUCUACCUACAGUUGAACGAUACUGCCCCAAGAAGAACAAAUGGACUUUUGUGCAGUCCUUUGACAGAUCCCUCUCGUGUCACGCAGGAUAUGUGGCUGAUGGUCUUCUUUGGAUAUCAGGUGGGGUGACAAACACAGCACAGUAUCAGAACAGACUGAUGGUAUACGAACCUAACCAGAAUAAGUGGAUAAGUCGCAGCCCCAUGCUACAGAGAAGAGUCUACCACUCCAUGGCUGCUGUCCAAAGGAAGCUUUAUGUGCUUGGAGGCAACGACCUGGAUUACAAUAAUGACCGGAUUCUUGUGCGUCAUAUAGAUUCUUACAACAUUGACACUGAUCAGUGGACGCGCUGUAAUUUCAACUUGUUGACUGGCCAGAAUGAAUCUGGAGUCGCUGUCCAUAAUGGGAGAAUAUAUUUAGUUGGUGGAUAUUCAAUUUGGACAAAUGAGCCUCUGGCUUGUAUUCAGGUAUUGGAUGUGAGCAGAGAAGGCAAAGAGGAAGUGUUCUAUGGACCUACACUGCCAUUUGCUUCCAACGGAAUAGCGGCGUGCUUCCUUCCGGCUCCGUAUUUCACAUGCCCCAACCUGCAGACUCUGCAAGUGCCUCACCACAGGAUCGGCACUGUCUGAUAAGCCAGCAUCCACAGGAGACCGAAUGAGACCUUGACAUCAGGACACAGGGCAUGGACAUUCUCAGUGCUUCCCUGUCAUGUCUUACAGGUCUAAAAUUGUGCUAAAUACUAGCAAAAAAA